AUGGACAUGCCCCCUGCUGAUUUCAGUCAUGAAUUUUUCCUCCGGCUCAAGAGCCUCGAAGAGCAGAAUGUGCAGCUCUUUGCAGAGCUGGAGCUCAUGCAUACGACUGUGAAUCAUUUGACAAGCGAAAACAAGGCCUUAUGGACCCAUGUCACGGAAAAACGCCUCGCGACCGAGGUUUUUCAAAAAGUCGAACGCCUGGAGACACGCAUGCGGGACGUGGAGGCGACCCAGCAGCGCAACGCGUUAUCUUUCUACCUGAAGGUUGAUGGGAGAAUUGAAAGCCACGCCAAGGGCGAACUGACGGUUCCUGGUGAACUUCGCCUCGAAGACCGAGUCCAAGAGGACAUUCACCUGGCGCGACUUAUCAACAAGCGGCGGAUGGAAAAUAAGUGA